AUGCCCACCGCCACCGUAGGCAAUGGAAUAACAUUCCAUUAUACAGAUAGUGGACUUCCCGUGGAGAGCGACUAUUUUACAGUUAUCAUUGUGCACGGCCAUUCAUUCAGUAGUGGGCUAUUUCAGAAACUAUCUCUUCUCGCCCCCUCGCAGUCUUUGCGAGUUAUUUGCAUUGAUCGCCGAGAAUACAAUGGGUCUACCCCCUUUACCCUCGAAGAACUACAAAUCAUUAAUCAGGGAAGUGAGGAAGAGCGGUCUGCGCUUCUCACCGAACAAGGCCUCCUUCUGGCUUUGCUCAUCGAUGAUCUUAUCCAGACUCUAUCUUUACCACUUCAAAAUUAUGGUGCAAUAUCAGGGUGGUCUCUGGGAAAUGUGUUCACGGUUGCCAUGAUCAACGCCAUUGACCACCCGGAGCUCCCUCGGGAAUCGAAAGGACGGCUAAAAGCAUUUUUACGCACAUACAUUAUAUGGGACACUGUGUCACAACUUCUCGGUAUUGAAAGCCCUCCCGGUUUUUAUUUUCCAUUCUGGGACUAUGACAUUCCUGAGGAAGAACGAGGAGCGGUAAUAAAAACGUACAUAUCCAGCCACUUCAAUCAUGGCGCAGACGUUCUCGCACUGUGCGAUACAUCCCGCCUUAAUCAUCGCCACGCCACCCCGGGAACAUCAACCAUCGAUAGAAUGACAGAAGAGGAGCUUCAAUCCGUUGUCGAUUUCCAGGCUGGGGCAAAGUGCGAUACAGCCAUCCUAGAACCCUCGUACUACAAGCUGCACUAUGAAAGUGUGCAAAAGGCACUCCUGGACGAAGAUUCGAACACUAGUAAAUGGGGGAUGACUGUCUGGAACAUUUACGGUGAAAACGGUUGCUGGAACAUAUUGCAUGGGUCAUGGGCAUUGAAAGAAAAAAGUUUGCAAGCGAACAAGAAGAUAAAUUUUAAACCUGUCAAGGGCAAGAACCAUUUCUUGAUGUGGGAAGACCCUGAGUGCACUAUUACCGUGUUGAAGGACUGUCUUGUUUGA